CGCCGACCCAAUCAACGGGCUACGUUUAUCUCCUCAAAACACAUACGCCACUCUCGCCACUCACGCCGCGUCGGCGCUGAUGGCCGUUGGACGUCGCAUCGGCCGCGACUGCGGCAUCACCGUAUCCACCUUGAAGAACCCAUGUAAUACCCAGGAUCAGACCGGCUCUAAUUUGAGCAUCAGAGUCAGCCAUAACGCCUUAUACUACGGUGUAUGUCGCAUGUCGCAUGUCGCAUGUCGCAUGUCGCAUGUCGCAUGUCGCAUGUCGCGUGUCGCGUGUCGCAAAAAUAGAGCAACUUUAGGACACAACAUAUCAACAAAGCCGAGAUUCAAUGCUGCAUGUCUCGUAUGGACCACGCCAGUCUUGACAGCGAGGCGUUCCACGCCACAUGUGCGGACCCGACCACACAGAUAGGCAUCCCAAGGACCAUACAGGCAGCAUGCGAACUCUAGUGAGGCUCGGGGUAAACUCGUAGCACGCAUCUGACCUUCUCUUGCGCAGC